AUGAGGCUUCAAGGGCCCGUCUUUGUUGGUGUGCCCCUCGUGGGGCCCAUCCUGAUUUGGAUGUUCACUCACAAUCAGAUAUCUGGUUGGUGUGAAGACCAAAGGAAACUGCCCUGGUGCCCUCCCCACAAGGUCAUAUUGCUGGUGUGGACAACCAUCUACUCAGUCGUGGGCUAUGCUUCCUACCUUGUGUGGAAGGACCUGGGAGGGGGCUUCAGGUGGCCCCUGGCGCUGCCCCUCGGCCUCUACACCCUCCAGCUCACCCUCAGCUGGACCGUUCUCACGCUCUUCUUGGCCGCCGACAACCCUGGACUGGCUCUGUUGGACCUACUUCUGCUCUACGGGCUGGUAGUAAGCAUGGUGCUUAUCUGGCAGCCGAUCAACAAGCUAGCUGCCAUUCUCCUGCUGCCCUACCUGGCCUGGCUCACUGUGACCGCCGCCAUCACCUACCGCCUGUGGAGGGACAGCCUGUGUCCAGCCUACCAGCCUUGACUCUCAGAGAAGGGCAACCAAGACACUAGAGUAUGGAAGGUGGCUGAGGGGCUGGCUUUGGAACUGGGACAUACUCAACAUGGUCACUCUCCUCAGAAAUGGGAAAGAGGGGGACACUUUCUGACACCUACAUAAAUAAAACCCUGCUGGUGACUUUGA